AUGUCUGAGGAAAACAAGGAAGUGAAGGAAGAAGUAAAUUCUCAAGUUGCUGUGGAGGAGCUAUCUUCAACAAAGGAACAUGCUCAAGAUAAAAGGCCUUUAAAGGAUGUAAGUGAAAAUGCUGACGAAGAGUCAGGAAAGAAAGUGAAGAAACACAAAAGAAGAAGAAACUACGACGACAUAGACGAGAAGAUAGCUAAAGAAGACAAAGAAUCCUCCUCAUCGGCCAAAAAGGAUGAGGAUAGCGAAAGUGAUAUAGAUGAUGAAAAGCUAGACCAAUUGAUGUAUAAAGAAGAGGAAGAAGAGGAUGAUCUCUCAGAAAUAGACACUUCAAAUAUCAUAACUACAGGUAGAAGAACACGUGGUAAAAUCAUUGACUACAAGAAGACUGCAGAAGAAUUGAGUAAAAACACCAACGGCUCCAAAGAUGAAGGUGAAGGUGAUGAGGAUGAUGAGGAUGAUGAAUUCCAGGAAUCCGCUAUUGAAAAAAAGUAG